AUGGAUCCAAUCAAGUACAUCUUCGAGAAACCUGCUCUAACCAGUAGAGUUGACCGUUGGCAAAUGACCCUAACUGAGUACGACAUUCAACAUGUCACCCAAAAAGCGGUCAAAGGAAGUGUGCUAUCUGACUAUCUCGCUCACCAACCCUUGGAGGAUUAUCAGUCAAUGCGCUUUGAAUUCCCUGAUGAGGACAUCAUGUUGAUAAGGGAUUACAACAUCCCCGACUCCGAAGAAGGACCAGAACCUGGGUCCUGGUGGACACUUGUAUUUGAUGGAGCUUCUAACACUCAAGGAAAUAACAUUGGGUCUGUCAUCAUCUCCCCAACUGGUUUUCACUUACCCUUCACUACAAGGUUGUGUUUUGAAUAUACCAACAAUAUGGAGAAGUGCGAGGCUUGUAUCUUCGACAUUGAAGCUGCGAUUGGUCUUAAUAUCAAAAUCUUUGAAGUUUAUAGAGAUUCAGCCUUGGUCAUCAACAAAGUCAAAGGAGAAUGGGAAGCCCGAGUGAUCCCAUACUUCAACGAGAUUACUUUCCAUCACAUCCCUCGAGAGGAAAAUCAGUUCGCCGAUGCCUUAACUACUCUUUCAUCCAUGUUUAAGGUCAAAUGGAAAGAAAGCACCAACUUUCCACCUUGA